AUGCCCACAGUUUUCCUGCUGGACAGGUCUCUGUCCAUGAGACGGAGCGUCUCUCGGGAUCACUCUGAGCUGACGCGACACGACCUGGCUUGCCGCGGGCUGGAGUGGUUCCUGCGCUACAUGAAGACGACCUUCCCACUCGAGUACACGAGUCUCCUCUCGUUCUCCUCGCAGUGCGACGUCAUGGUCCCGUUCACGCGCGAGUAUGAGCGACUCAUCGAAGCUCUGGGCAAGAUAACGGUGCUGGACCGCACGGAACUCCUCAGCGGACUACUGGGACUAGUCGAGGUCAUGGUGUUCGAGUGGGGAGCCUUUGCUCCGUGUCAGGCGGUGCUCGUCACGGACGGCAUGCCGGGGGUGAGACACCAAGACGAGAGCCACAAGCGGAGCCGGCUCAACAUGGUAUUUCCCUGCCAGCUGCAUGUGGUGUGCGUUUCCACUCGCCACGAGCUUUCCCUCCCUGCCUCCAACGGGCAGACCCGGUUGCAGCAACUCUGCCAGACAUCGGGGAUACCGGAAACAAACGUCUUCCUCCCUCCGGCCCCACUCUCCAUCGAAUCCGUCCUCUCCACCUUUCGUCAGCUCGCCAAGACGCACUUCCAACCAUUUCACGGGACGCUGAAAUGCGGGCAGCUGCGUUCCAGAAUCAGCCUAGUUCCUUCCCCCUCCAUGCACAAGGCGACAUUUUCUAUCCAGGUCGCACCCGACCAGCAGUUUCCGAGGCUAGAAGAGGGGCUGCGUGGACAGAAGUACCCGAAUGAAAUCAGUGUCUGCGGGUUCCUGGAUAUUUCCAGCCUCUCCACUCCUCCGUUUUACGCCCGACACUUUGUUCUGGAUCCAAACGAGCCACAGAGCGGCAGCAGCAGUGGAAGUGAUAGAAGCGAGACGGUCACCACUCCGUCGAUUCUCUCUCCCAAGACUCCUACCCCCUCUGGCGGGCCGGGGGGAGGAGGAGGAGGAGGGGGGGACGGCUCUGAGAAGAAGACGGAGGACUCGCAGAAGCCGUCGUUUCGAGUACUUCUGCACGGGAGCCUAAAGUGCGAGUCUAAGAAUGCACUCGUCAAACUAGGGGACGACUGGUACGGGCUACUGUUUUCCCAAACUUCCUCCUCCAAAAAGGCAAACCUGGUCCUUGGAGUAUUUUAUCCCAGAGCGUCUCUCUCGUGGCUCGGACAGUUCCAGUAUCUAGGCAACCGUCCGGAGAAUGCGGUGGACCCGCGACUGCAGUCGGAGGAGAAAGCUCCGAUGUUCCCCCUCCCUCCUCCACGACCACACAGCUUCCAGUCACCCAACAACUUCUUCUGGGCUGAAGAGGGUGUCCUUCAGAGUGACAUCACCAAGGUGAUACGUUACAGUCGAAAACUCCCAGAGAAAGAAUCAUCUCUUGUCAAGGAGUUGAACAAGCUGCGACUAGUGGCACUGACAUACAGCAUGCCAGAGCUGACAGAGGUGUUGGCUCUGGUCCUGGGCCAGGAGGAGGCUGGGUCCUCAACUCCGCAGAUCAAGACACUCCUCCACCAGUGUUCCCACUUCCUCUCCACAAACAAGAACCCCCAGGACAGACUUGUGGUCACCUAUAAAUAGUCGCUCGCCUCUCCUCUCUCUCUCUCUCCGUCUACCCGCUCUCUCUUGGUGUUUGUUCCUUCUUCUGUUGUUUCUGUCGUUUUUUCCUGCUCUCUCUUCCCCCAAAAUAAGGGUGCCAACAAUUUCACAUUUUUUGUUGGCACAUGAGUGGAAAAAGAGACAAGCCAACUAUCCUUAAUACUCUGACUUCAGUUGGAGCAUGGAAUGGUGACAUCUUCUAUCUCGCUGCACCUAUCCCUAUCUCGCCCAAAUUUCACUGUCCCCCUAUAUAAAGGUGUCAACGAUUUAGCAUUUUUUGUAGGUACAUGAGUGGAAAAAGGGACAAGCCAACUAUUCUUAAUACUUUGACUUCAGUUGGAGCAUGGAAUGGUGACAUCUUCUAUCUCGCUGCACCUAUCCCUAUCUCGCCCAAAUUUCACUGUCCCCCUAUAUAAAGGUGUCAACGAUUUAGCAUUUUUUGUAGGCACAUGAGUGGAAAAAGAGACAAGCCAACUAUCCUUAAUACUCUGACUUCAGUUGGAGUAUGGAAUGGUGACAUCUUCUAUCUCGCUGCACCUAUCCCUAUCUCGCCCAAAUUUCACUGUCCCCCUAUAUAAAGGUGUCAACGAUUUAGCAUUUUGUGUAGGCACAUGAGUGGAAAAAGAGACAAGCCAACUAUCCUUAAUACUCUGACUUCAGUUGGAGCAUGGAAUGGUGACAUCUUCUAUCUCGCUGCACCUAUCCCUAUCUCGCCCAAAUUUCACUGUCCCCCUAUAUAAAGGUGUCAACGAUUUAGCAUUUUUUGUAGGCACAUGAGUGGAAAAAGAGACAAGCCAACUAUCCUUAAUACUCUGACUUCAGUUGGAGCAUGGAAUGGUGACAUCUUCUAUCUCGCUGCACCUAUCCCUAUCUCGCCCAAAUUUCACUGUCCCCCUAUAUAAAGGUGUCUUUUGUACUUUUUUCAAGCAUAUUAAAGGAAGCACAGCUGAAUCGACCAUCUA